AUGUCUUCAUCCAGAUUCCUUCCUAAAUCCCUGAAAACCACCGCCGUUGUCUCUGCGUUCGCUCUACUCGGCGUCGGGACCUACUCCUACGCGCGAUCAACCCCGACAGCCCACGCCGAAGAUCCCGACCCACCAAUGAUAUUCUCGGGAUUCGGCCCCACCACUCUGCGCCUGCAGAGCGUCAAGAUGGUCAACCAUAACACGAAGCGCCUGGUGUUCGAGUUCCCCGAUAAGAACGCAAGAAGCGGACUAUCACUUACCUCUGCACUUCUCACCAUCUCCCGUCCCUCGGGCCAAUGGCUCCCCGUCCUGAGACCAUACACCCCGAUUAGCAAUCUAGACGAAAAAGGCUCCCUCGAACUCCUCGUCAAACACUACCCCUCCGGCAAAGCCAGCACGCACCUCCACUCCCUCGUCCCAGGAGACACGCUCACAUUCGCAACCGCACUCCGCGGCUUCCCCUGGACCCCGAACCAGUUCUCGCAUGUGUACCUGAUUGCCGGCGGGGCGGGGAUUACGCCCCUGUAUCAGCUUUUACAGGGGAUAUUGACGAAUCCAGACGAUAAGACCAAGGUUAAUUUAGUCUUCGGGGUGAAUACCGAGCAGGAUUUAUUGUUGAGGGAGGAGUUGGAGGGGUUUAAGAGGAGGUUUCCGGACAGGUUUGGGUUCGUGUAUACGGUUUCGAGAGGAGGGGGGUUGGGGGAGGGGGUGAGGAAGGGGCAUGUUACGGAGGAGUUGUUGCGGGAGGUCAUCGGGGAAAAGAAGGGGGAUGCGAAGGUGUUUGUUUGUGGGCCGCCGGGGAUGGAGGAGGCGUUGGUGGGAUCGAGGAAGGGGGAGGGGAUUUUGGGGAGGUUGGGGUUUGCGAAGGAGCAGGUUUAUAGGUUUUAGGGGGGUGCUUUUAAUUAGGGGAGUAGAGGUGUUACUUUAACAUGUUAUACUUCGUUGUGUUUAUGUUUACAAUACUG